AUGUCGCAACUCAACCUCGUCGAGGCUUCAAUCGAAGACAUACAAAAUGCUCUCAACUCCGGUUCGAUAACCAGCGUUGAGCUGGUGGCCCGCUACUUACGCCGCAUAAGCACAUACGAUUGCCAUAACACAGCACUGAACUCCAUUCCGGUCCUGAAUAGCAAGCUAUUUGAAGAAGCAGCCCAGUCCGAUGACAGGCGCGCAUCAGGUGCUCCAGUUCGACCGCUUGAGGGCAUACCUUACACCGUUAAGGACAGCUACAAAGUUAAAGGGCUUGUGGCUGCAGCUGGAUCACCCGCAUUCAAGGACCUCAUCGCAAACGAGGAUGCAUUUCUCGUUGAGAAGAUCCGGGAAGCAGGUGGCAUUUUAAUGGGCAGGACUAAUAUGCCUGCAGUUGCCUGCGGUGGUAUGCAGAGAGGCAUUUGGGGACGGGCGGAGAACCCGUACAACCCAGAUUAUCUCGCAGCUGGGUUCGCCUCGGGUUCCUCAAACGGGUCUGCGGUCUCUACCGCGGCGUCGUUUGCAUCUUUUGGGCUCGGCGGCGAGACGGUGUCAUCUGGAAGAUCACCCGCCAGCAACAAUGCGCUCAUUGCAUACACACCAUCCCGGCAUUUUCUCUCCCCGCGGGGCAGCUGGCCGCUAUACCCUACAUGCGACGUCCCUGUUCCUCAUACGAGAACAGUGAAGGACAUGUUUGCCCUUCUGGAUGUUAUUGCCGUGGAGGAUCCAGUCAAAAAUGGGGACUUCUGGCGAGAACAGCCAUUUAUCAAGCUUCCGCAAGCAUGGCACGAGAAGCCGAGGUCCUUCGGAGAGCUAGCUGGAUGCAAGUCCCUUGCAGGCUUGCGAAUUGCUGUUCCCGAAAUGUACCUUGGCGGUCCUGCUCCAUCUGGAGCGAAACCAGUGACGACGAGCCCGGCGGUUAUCGAUCUUUGGAAGAAAGCCAGAAAGGACCUCGAGGCGCUUGGUGCGGAAGUCCUUUUGGUUGACGACUUUCCUGCAGUUACAGCCUACGAAAAUGAUGACUUGCUGCCCGAGGGCUGCCCAAGAAGACCAAAGGACUGGGUUUCCAUGGAAAGGAGUGCUCUCAUCGCUCAUGCCUGGAAUGACUUUCUCAAAAGCUUCAAGGACCCGAAGAUACCGGAUCUGGCUGCCGUCGACCCAUUCAAUAUCUAUCCUGGCUCUUUGCGUACAGAGCCUGAGCUGAGACAUUUUGACAAGCCAAACGCAAUUCUCUACCACAAGCUCGUUGAUUACAUCGGCAAGGGCAGGCUCACGGACAUCAAAGGGCUUGAUAUAGCUGUUAAGGCUUUAGAAGGGAUGCGCAAAGUCCUUCUUGAAGACUGGCUCACAAGCCUCGGCUGUGACUUUGUUGUCUUCCCAGCGGCUGGAGACGUUGGCCCCGCCAAUGCUGACUCUAGCUUCGAGGGCGCGGACCUAGCAUGGCAAAAUGGCGUUCAUUACAGCAAUGGCAACAGAGUCAUUCGCCAUUUGGGCAUCCCGACGGUAUCUGUGCCGAUGGGUAUCCUGGCGGAUAAGGGCGUCCCGAUGAACUUGACUUUUGCUGGAAGAGCAUAUGAUGAUGUCAAGUUGCUGAAGUGGGCGCAUGCGUUUGAGGCGAAGACGCAUCACCGGAUCCCGCCGCCUCAUACACCUGUCCUUGACUCGGAUGUGGUGCAGCUUGGUCACUUGCUAGAUGCGAAGGCGCCUCGCCCCCGGUUAGUCGUUGAGAAAUUUGAGGUUAUUCGAGGCGGCAGCGGCUCAUUCGACGUGACUAUUGAUGGCUUCGUGAACACCAUCCCGUCUGGUCAGGAGAAUCCGGUGCUGGAGGUCACGGUCGAUGGAGCAAGAGUCCCCGUGGAAAGGAUCCAUACAAGUAUAGAGUCAGAGAGCUUGGAUGGACAAAAGAAGAUGCAUUUCAAAGUCAGGGUAGAAACUCUCAAACCUGUUUCCAGAGAGGGCCUCGAGAAAACUUGGGCCCCAGUUGCUCGGGACAAGACUAUGGCUGUGGUACUAGCUAGAUUUUGUCGUGGUAGAAGGCCGACUGGAUGGUUUGGACUGAUAUAA